AUGGCGCUAGAUACAGAAAUCCCCGAAGACUGCAGCAGUAGUGUGGACUUCUGUGCGGUUAACCCGUGCAAAAAUGAAGGUUUCUUGGAUGUUGAUAAAUGUAUUUGCCAAAGACCCUAUGAAGGACAGUACUGUGAAUUAUUAGCCAAUUCUGUCCCUGGAAACGUGACUUAUGCCAUCAGAGUGACAGUGAAAAUAGAGAACAGAAAUUAUACCAUUGAAAUGGCAAACAGAUCAUCUGAAACAUUCAUGGAAUUUUCAAAGGAGUUUAACAAACAGAUGCAAUAUGUUUAUGGACAUAUUCGAGGUUAUCAAACAGUUGAGAUCACAAUGACAAGCCAGGGCAGUAUCAUUACCGAUCACAAAGCUAUUUUCAACGAUGAAGCAGAGAGGUUCGAUGACAGCAUGAUAAAAGAAACAGUGAAAGAUAUCAAAGACAGCUUACAAUUCAAGAAUUGCACCAACAGUAAUGAUUCACAACAGUGUUCAGGACUUCAGCUCGCGCCGAAUUACAAAAAUGUAUCGUACACAAAUCAAGAUGUGACUGUUGAUUGCUCCACAUCCGUCAAAGACAAUUUCAAGGACGAGUUUACAGCCGUAAAUACAACUUCGGGCUGGAUCUGUGUGUCAAGAUGUCACAGUGGCCAUAAAGAUCACUUGAGGUGCCAAUACGGGAAAUGUGAGCUCACAGAGAAAGGCCCCAAAUGCUUUUGUAACACAUCAAAGGACUACUGGUAUAUUGGGGAAAACUGCCAAUUUCCGGUCCAAAAAUUGGCUUUCAUCAUCGUGACAGUAUUGGUGGUUCUCAUAAUCAUAGUCACAUUGAUAGUGCUGAUUGUGUAUUGUACAAGAUACCGACACAUGGUCAAGCAAAACCAUUUAUCAAGGGAGAAGACCACAAAUCAGAUAUUAAAAUGGUGGGAGGAGGAUAACUGGGAGUGGCCUGCAUCCCAGGGUUUAACGUUGAGCAACCUUGCUGCUGCAGAUAUUUACAGUCUACCCAGAUACUCAGAAUUGAAGAGCCCAGGACAGAGGCCAUGAAUUCAUCUUUCAGGAUCAAAAUGUUAAGGCUGCAGAUGACAGAAGCACACACUGUUUAAAUUCUACUGGUCUGAUUAACACCUCACCUUCUCCACUCAGAAGCCAUGCACUGGACUCACAAACAGAACUGAUCUACAAUAAUCUGAUUAUGACAUCAUGUGUAAUCAUUUAUUUUUUCCUUCGAGUUAAUUCCAUUAAAAGAUCAAAGUUAAUUAUUUCUGGUUUUGUGCUUAAGGCCUAGAAGCUUGGAUGAAGAUCAGUGGGGUCAAUUAUCCUGUGUGUCAAGAGAACUUGUUACACCAGAGACUGACUGGGUAAAGGGAAGGGACAUUCCUGCAACAGAACACGAGAUGGUAAUCAGGCUGGUAAUCAUGGCCCCUUUUGAAUUCACCUUUUGUAUCUCUCAUGCUGGCUUGACUGAGCUGAACCCAGGCUGGCACUUACCUGUAAAAACGAAAGAACUGUGGAUGCUGUAAAUCAGGAACAAAAACAGAAGUUGCUGGAAAAACUCAGCAGGUCUGGCAGCAUCAGAUGCUGAGCUUUUCCAGCAACUUCUGUUUUUGGCACUUUCCUGUGUUGUGUGAUGCAGCAGUAGAUUGCAGCUUCCAAAUAUCAAGAAAUUAUAACUUAAACCUGAGGUUUCUGACCUCACCUCAGACUCGUUUUGUUAAGGAAAGGGUGUGAGAUGGAGAGGAAAAUGUGGUUACCUGUCAUCAAUAUGGUUUUCUGCUAUGUACGAUUGUUAUUUUGGCUAUUUAUUAUUAUGUCAAUUAAAUAUGGAUAUUGCUAAA